CACUUUUUCUUACUUUCAUGGAAUAGUGCACAUAUGUAAACCUCUUCGAUUUGUUAAUAAAAGGUCUCAAAGAAUUUAUAGUGAACUGUGUUCCUAUCUUCUCUGCUUAAAUUUCUCAAAAAAGAUUGAAUUAAAGUGGAUUUAAGACAUUUUCUCGUCAAGUUGUCUUCAAUAGCCCUAUGGACAACCCGAGGCUAAUAUUCAAACCACCAAGACACCGCCCCGGAGAUCUCCAAACGCUGCCAACACACCCAUUAUUAUUCUCAUGGCCCAUGAAUGCUUACGUCAGAAGUCGGAUCAUUUCAGAAGAACAUUGCUUAAUACCGGAGGCCACUAGUCUACCCUACAAGAGCCAAUGGCAAUUCCAAAGUUAUUCAGCUAGGGACACAACCCAUCCAGACUUUGUUGAUCUCAGAGGUGGGCCAGCUAAUCUACAAAAUGUCACAGAGUACGCUCCCCGUGUUACACCAUUUCCAGAAAACUAUAAGCAAGACGACAAGCCUAAAAGUUUGUUUGAAGAGUGCGAUUAUGUCGUGAAGUUGAACAAGGAGAAAAGGUUGAACGACAAAUGGAUGCAGAAAUUUGGGAGGAAAUAUUUCUACAUUGUGGAUGAUAUGGUUCAGAAGUCCUCCAAAAAUGGGCACCGCUCACUUGAUUGACCCCUCCACAUCUGUAGUCAUGGUAUAAGCCUACCAGUUCUAUCUAUGACAAUAAUGACAAUAAGUGGCAGCUUAACAUCAAGGUUAAACGUCUUUCGAUGAAUUGACAUCCUUGAUUCUUUGAGCCUAAUAAUCUAAAUUUAUAUAAGCCAAGGGAAAUUUUUUUUAAAAAGAUCAUGAACGCACUAUUUUAGAAUCGCCUUUAAGAUAAGAUUUAUUAAAUACUCGGAUCAUUAAAAAAAUCAUUACUUUCGGUUGUUAUCUUAAGAGAGGAAAAUAUUUGUGCAAUUAAAGUAUCCAUCAUAAAAUCAAAAGGUUCUGGUAAUGAAUGGUUUUCCAAAUUAUUAUUUUUUUAAUUAUUGUGUUGAGAAUAAAUUGUUCUUUGUUUUCACUUUAUCAAUAUAUCACAUUGUUUGCGCCUUUACAUGAGAUUAACGAUAAUUAACGGGUUUUCCCACUGCUUCAUGACCUGCAGACUGAUUUGCUAACAAUUUAAAAAUUGUAUUACUAUCAAUUAAUUAACAGUUGUAAAUUAUUCCUUUUAUUGAUUAAUUCUAGCCGCAGGAUAUGAACCAUCGACUUCCUGUCUAAUGAUCGUUUGACUAAUCAGACAGUCGCGUGGCCUCGGUGUUUUCGUUCAAGAGUUGAUUUGCUGCAAAUAUUGUUUAUUUCUUUUAGAGUGUUAUUCUGUCGCUAGACUAGAUAUUUAAGUAAUCUCCGACGAGGAAUAUACAAUAUAAAAUCUAACUCCGCUGACAAAGGUUUACAUUAAGAUAAUGUCCUAUUGGUGAUAUAUAUCGAAAUGACAAUCGGUUUUACUAUAAAGAAAGUAUCAAUACAACUAGCCAUCUAGAGACUAUAAAGAAAGUAUCAACACAUCUAGCCAUAUAGAGACCAUAAAGAAAUUAUCAAUACAUCCAGCCAUCUAGAGACUAUAAAGAAAGUAUCAAUACAUCCAGCCUCCUAGAGACCAUAAAGAAAGUAUCAACACAUCUAGCCAUCUAGAGACUAAAGAAAGUAUCAACACAUAUAGCCAUCUAGAGACUA